UGUAAAGAAGAAGUCAAAAUGGAUCCAAGUAUGGGUGUGAAUUCUGUUACCAUCUCUGUUGAAGGAAUGACAUGCAAUUCCUGUGUUUGGACCAUUGAGCAACAGAUUGGAAAAAUGAAUGGUAUACAUCACAUUAAAGUUUCUCUGGAAGAAAAAAAUGCAACUGUUAUUUAUGACCCUAAACUACAGACUCCAAAGACCCUACAGGAAGCUAUUGAUAACAUGGGCUUUGAUACUAUUCUCCAUAAUCCUAACCCUCUCCCUGUUUUAACUGACACUGUGUUUCUGACUGUAACUGCUUCACUGGCUCCACCAUGGGACUAUAUCCAAAGUACAUUGCUCAAGACCAAGGGUGUGACAGACGUUAAAAUUUCCCCUCAGCAAAGAACUGCAGUAGUGACAAUAAUCCCUUCAAUAGUGAAUGCCAAUCAGAUAACAGAGCUGGUUCCAGAUCUCAGUUUAGAUAUUGGAACACUGGAGAAAAAGUCGGGAACUUGUGAAGAUCACAGUAUGGAUCAAGCAGGUGAAGUCAUGCUGAAGAUGAAAGUGGAAGGGAUGACCUGCCAUUCAUGCACUAGCACCAUUGAAGGAAAAAUUGGGAAACUGCAAGGUGUUCAGCGAAUUAAAGUCUCCCUGGACAACCAAGAAGCUACCAUUGUUUAUCAACCUCAUCUUAUCACAGUAGAGGAAAUAAAAAAGCAGAUUGAAGCUGUGGGUUUUCCAGCAUUCAUUAAAAAACAGCCCAAGUACCUCAAAUUGGGAGCUAUUGAUGUAGAGCGUCUAAAGAACACACCAGUCAAAUCCUCAGAAGGAUCACAGCAAAGGAGUCCAUCAGAUACCAAUGAUUCAACAGCCACUUUUAUCAUUGAUGGCAUGCAUUGUAAAUCAUGUGUGUCAAAUAUUGAAAGUGCUUUAUCUACACUCCAGUAUGUAAGCAGCAUAGUAGUUUCCUUAGAAAAUAGGUCUGCCAUUGUGAAAUACAAUGCAAGCUCAGUCACUCCAGAAACCCUAAGAAAAGCAAUAGAGGCCGUAUCACCAGGGCAAUAUAGAGUUAGUAUUGAAAGUGAAGUGGAGAGUACCUUGAACUCUCCCUCCAGCCCGUCUCUUCAAAGGGUUCCUUUGAACAUAGUUAGUCAGCCUCUGACUCAAGAAACCGUGAUAAACAUUGAUGGUAUGACUUGUAAUUCUUGUGUGCAGUCUAUUGAGGGUGUCAUAUCAAAAAAGGCAGGUGUAAAAUCCAUACAAGUCUCCCUUGCAAAUAGCAAGGGGACUGUUGAGUAUGAUCCUCUACUAACCUCUCCAGAAACCUUGAGAGAAGCAAUAGAAGACAUGGGAUUUGAUGCUACUUUGUCAGGCAUAAGUGAGCCAUUGGUAGUAAUAGCUCAGCCCUCAUUGGAAAUGCCACUUUUGACCUCAACUAAUGAAUUUUAUCCUAAAAUGAUGACACCGGUUCACGACGAGGAGCCAAAGACUUCAUCUAAGUGUUACAUACAGGUCACUGGCAUGACUUGUGCUUCAUGUGUAGCAAACAUUGAACGGAAUUUAAGACGAGAAGAAGGAAUAUAUUCUGUACUCGUGGCCCUGAUGGCUGGCAAGGCAGAAGUAAGGUAUAAUCCUACUGUCAUACAACCCCCAAUGAUAGCAGAGUUCAUCCGAGAGCUUGGAUUUGGAGCCACUGUGAUAGAAAAUGCCGAUGAAGGGGAUGGUGUUUUGGAACUUGUGGUGAGAGGAAUGACGUGUGCCUCCUGUGUACAUAAAAUAGAGUCUACUCUCACAAAACACAGAGGGAUCUUCUACUGCUCUGUGGCCCUGGCAACCAACAAAGCACAUAUUAAAUAUGAUCCAGAAAUUAUUGGUCCCAGAGAUAUCAUCCAUACAAUUGAAAGUUUAGGUUUUGAAGCUUCUUUGGUCAAGAAGGAUCGGUCAGCAAGUCACCUAGACCAUAAACGAGAAAUAAGACAAUGGAGACGGUCCUUCCUUGUGAGCCUAUUUUUCUGUGUUCCUGUAAUGGGGCUAAUGAUAUAUAUGAUGGUUAUAGACCACCACCUUGCAACUCUUCACCAUACGCAAAACAUGAGUAAAGAGGAAAUGGUCAACAUUCAUUCUUCUAUAUUCCUGGAGCGCCAGAUCCUGCCAGGAUUGUCCAUUAUGAAUUUGCUGUCUUUUUUAUUGUGUGUUCCUGUACAGUUUUUUGGAGGCUGGUACUUCUACAUUCAGGCUUACAAAGCACUGAAGCAUAAGACAGCAAAUAUGGAUGUACUGAUUGUGCUGGCAACCACCAUUGCAUUUGCCUACUCUUUGGUUAUUCUUCUGGUUGCAGUAUAUGAAAGGGCCAAAGUGAACCCUAUUACUUUCUUUGACACACCUCCUAUGCUAUUUGUGUUUAUUGCACUAGGCCGAUGGCUGGAACAUAUAGCAAAGGGGAAAACAUCAGAGGCUCUUGCAAAGCUAAUUUCCCUACAAGCUACAGAAGCAACUAUUGUAACUCUUGACUCUGAUAAUAUCCUCCUGAGUGAAGAACAAGUGGAUGUGGAACUCGUACAACGUGGAGACAUCAUUAAAGUGGUUCCAGGAGGCAAAUUUCCAGUGGAUGGUCGUGUUAUUGAAGGACAUUCUAUGGUAGAUGAGUCUCUUAUCACAGGGGAGGCAAUGCCUGUGGCUAAGAAGUCUGGCAGCACAGUGAUUGCUGGUUCCAUUAACCAGAAUGGGUCAUUGCUUAUCUGCGCAACCCACGUUGGAACAGACACAACCCUUUCUCAAAUUGUCAAACUUGUGGAGGAGGCACAAACAUCAAAGGCUCCUAUCCAGCAGUUUGCAGACAAACUCAGUGGCUACUUUGUUCCUUUUAUCGUUUUUAUUUCCAUUGCUACUCUCUUGGUAUGGAUUGUAAUUGGAUUUCUGAAUUUUGAAAUUGUGGAAACCUACUUUCCUGGCUACAAUAGAAGUAUAUCCCGAACAGAAACGAUAAUACGCUUUGCUUUCCAAGCCUCUAUCACAGUUCUCUGUAUCGCAUGUCCAUGUUCACUGGGACUGGCCACACCAACUGCUGUGAUGGUGGGUACAGGAGUAGGUGCUCAAAAUGGCAUACUAAUCAAAGGUGGAGAGCCAUUGGAGACGGCUCAUAAGGUAAAGGUAGUGGUAUUUGAUAAGACUGGAACCAUUACUCAUGGAACCCCAGUAGUGAAUCAAGUAAAGGUUCUAGUGGAAAGUAACAGAAUAUCACGCAAGAAGAUUCUAGCCAUUGUGGGAACUGCUGAAAGUAACAGUGAACACCCUCUAGGAGCAGCUAUAACCAAAUACUGCAAGCAGGAGCUGGACACAGAAACCUUGGGUACCUGCAUAGAUUUCCAGGUUGUGCCAGGCUGUGGUGUUAGCUGUAAAGUCACCAAUAUCGAAGGCUUGCUGCAUAAGAAUAACUGGAAAAUAGAGGAAAAUAAUAUUAAAAAUGCAUCCCUGGUUCAAACUGAUGCAAGUAAUGAACAGUCAUCAACUUCGUCUUCCAUGAUUAUUGAUGCCCAGCUCUCAAAUGCUCUUAAUGCUCAGCAGUACAAAGUCCUCAUUGGGAACCGGGAGUGGAUGAUUAGAAAUGGUCUCAUCAUUAGUAACGACAUAGAUGAUUUCAUGACUGAACAUGAGAGAAAAGGUCGGACUGCUGUACUGGUGGCAGUUGACGAUGAGCUUUGUGGCUUGAUAGCCAUUGCUGAUACAGUGAAGCCUGAAGCAGAACUGGCUGUCCAUAUUCUGAAAUCUAUGGGCUUAGAAGUAGUUCUGAUGACUGGAGACAACAGUAAAACAGCUAGAUCUAUUGCUUCUCAGGUUGGCAUUUCUAAAGUUUUUGCAGAAGUUCUACCUUCCCACAAGGUUGCUAAAGUGAAGCAACUUCAAGAGGAGGGGAAACGGGUAGCAAUGGUCGGAGAUGGAAUCAAUGACUCCCCAGCUCUGGCAAUGGCUAAUGUUGGAAUUGCCAUUGGCACAGGCACAGAUGUAGCCAUUGAAGCAGCCGAUGUGGUUUUAAUAAGGAAUGAUCUUCUGGAUGUAGUGGCAAGUAUUGACUUAUCAAGGAAGACAGUCAAGAGGAUUCGGAUAAAUUUUGUCUUUGCUCUAAUUUAUAAUCUGGUUGGAAUUCCCAUAGCUGCUGGAGUUUUUAUGCCCAUUGGUUUGGUUUUGCAGCCCUGGAUGGGAUCCGCAGCAAUGGCUGCUUCAUCUGUUUCUGUAGUACUUUCUUCUCUCUUCCUUAAACUUUACAGAAAACCAAGUUAUGAGAAUUAUGAAGUGCAUGCCCGGAGCCAGAUAGGACAGAAGAGUCCUUCAGAAAUCAGCGUUCAUGUUGGAAUAGAUGACACCUCAAGAAACUCUCCUAAAUUGGGUUUGCUGGACCGGAUUGUUAAUUACAGCAGAGCCUCCAUAAACUCACUGUUGUCUGAUAAACGUUCCCUAAACAGUGUUGUUACCAGUGAACCUGACAAGCACUCCCUCCUGGUGGGAGACUUCAGGGAAGAUGAUGACACCGCAUUGUAAAAGGCCGCUGAGAGCACUGCUAGUUUAACUUCUUAUGCACUGACACAGUAUUCAUGAAGUCACCUUAGCUUUUCAAAAUAUUGUUGAAGAAUUUUAUGUUGGUCUUACGCUCUUAUAUUAGGGAUUCUAUUUGAGUUGCAUUUGUCUAAUGGCAAAAAUAUCUUUUUCCGGGCAUCAGCUCUGAACCUAGCUUUAUUUAAACUGAAUUUCUUGUACUUUUUGUUUUCACUAGCAACAGAUAAGGUAGAGCAGUGAGAUUUACAACAAAUCCUACAAUUAGAAAUUGCUGAAUUGCUGCUAAGUGAUAGAUAUUUUUUUUAUUUGACCCCCCCCCCAAAAAAAAAGCCCAAAAAGAGGAUAAUUAAAAAUUUAAAGAUUUGAGAGCAUGACCUUUGAUCCUGUAUCCCUGCCCCAUUGGGGAGCAAUGACUUUCAAAUCAUUGUAUAAAGCAUGUAGUUUUAGAAGGGAAACAGUUGAAACUGUUCAAAAAUAGAUGUGCCUUAUUUAUUGCAGGCUUUCUUUCCCCUCUGCUCUCCCCACAUCCUUGUCCUUGCAGUUGCUUUCUUAGAUGCUCCAGUGUGUCUUUUAUCUUCUUUCGAGUGAGCCAAGUUUAGGUGGUUUUUCAUUGAUAAAAAUAACUGGCAAAAACUUUUCCAAUAUCUUGUUCCCUUUUUUUUGUAGCUCAAAAGACAUUAAGGGUCUGCAGGGUUCCCUGCCUCACAUCUUUCCAUUGCUGUAAAAAAUAUAUUAAUUCUUCCUUCAACCUCACUAACUCUGUGCUAGAUUUCAAUUCACUCCUGCUGAGUUGAUCUGUAAGUUAUUCUUAGUGCAGUCUAUCAGUAUCAGUCCAGAAACUUAACACUUUGAGUCUCUUCUACUCAAAAGAUUUUCAGAGAUUAACACUAUCUUUAACAUAUAUGGGUCAUAUAAAAUUACCUGGAUUCACUAAAUUUGUCUUUUUUUGGAUACAAUACAAUCACUUUGCUAAUAUAAAUAAUUUAAUAAUAGAUUUUAACUAUCUUUUAGUAUUCCAGAUAAUCUCUCAAAAUGAUUUUAAAAUAAUGUUAUUACACAAAUCUGCCUUUACCAAAAAAUACAGUAAAUUGUAAUACAGAAAUUAGAAUUUCCGUAAGUUAUGAUACCUUUUGGCCAAAUAUAUACUUUUCUCUAGUUUAAAACAUUUGCACUUGCCUAGUUUGUAUGGUUGGCAAAUUAAGGGGCUUGUUCCCUUUGCCACAUGGAUUUACAAAUUCCCCUGUGAGUGUCUGGGAGCUAAUACACUGGUCAGAGAUCUGGUACUUGUAUGACUAUUUAAAUUUCCUUGUUAAUUGCAAGAUGGAUUUCAUAUGCAGAAUAUGUAAAUGAAGAGAACUCAUAAGUAAAUUCCUAAUAUUUUGUUUCCAUUGCCAUAGGUAAAGCAGCUAGCACAAUGCCUGGCACAUAGGAUUUGUACUCAGUGAAUGUUAGUUAUUUUCUCCCCUUGAGGUUGGUAAUAAAAAUAAAAAAUCAUUUUUAUAGAACAGAGUCCAAAAUCAGGUUGGGGUGGGGGAUGAGGUUCUUUUUCUCCUAACCCCUGUCUAUUUUAUCCUUUGAUACACACACACACACACACACACACACACACACACACGUUUACAACAUUGUUCUGUGCUGUCUUUUCAGAUCUGGAAAAGAUCUAAUUUCUAUCUCAGCUAACUUAAAGAGAGAGCUGGAACUUGUGAUCUUUUGAUGAAGGUGCUAUUAAUCUAGAACGGCAAACUCAUUUUAAUGAAAUAUGAAUGAGUCUGUAUGCUUAGGCUCUUUUUUUAGACCAAUGCCUAUGCCAUCUUCCAUGCUUCUAGUCUGAGUUUUAAUAUUUGUUUCUUAUUUUAAUUCCAGUGGCCCAGCGUAACACAACUUGUUUCUUCUAGAAGAAACAGCUGAUAUGACAAAUGUAUAAUAGAUUUUUCUCACUUUAGAGCCAAAUUGAAAAAAGAAACAUGUCUCUCUCUCUCUCUCCCUCUCUCUCUAGCAAUUGAACAUAGCCAGUUACUAUUUUUAUUAUUAUGUGUCUGUUUGAGUUGUCCUCCUGCCCUCACGUGUGGGAGUAGCAGCUUAUAGUCUGGGAAUAAUCAAGGAUAUAAUUUCAGCUCUUACUACAAGAACAGAAAACAUGCUGUUUAGAAAGAGUCCUGCUUUAAAUAUCUGUAGCCACAUUUGAAUUCUCUGCCACAAGUGUCUUUUGCAAUCUUGAACUCCCAUUAGCUUCAGAGAGAAGCUGUAUUCAUAGGAGAGAGGUGAUUUAUGGAAGGAUCAAAAACAUUGCUUGCAGUUAGUAACUAGCUUUAAGUAACUAGCUACUAGUGAGAACAAAUUUUAUAAAUGUGUUUGUAUGUGUAUAUGUUUAUUCACAUACAUACACACACAUAUAUAUGUACACAC